AUGGAGAAAGCGCCCGGCUCCCCCUCCGUGCGGGGCAGCUACCCUCAGAAAACGGCCGGCAUCCUCAGCAGCCAGUACGGCAUCAACCUCUUCCUGGCCGGGCUGGUGCUCACCUUCGCCUGGGCUGUGCACGCCGUGGGCAUCAGCAAGAGCCACCUGCUCUCCUACCUCAUCACCCUGAUGCUCGUCCAGCUGCUGUGGAUGCUCUGGUACCUGUGCAGGAGCUGCACGCAGAGGAGGCUCAUCCGUGAGAAGGACACGCACGCCGGAGCCCGCUGGCUCAAGUGUGGGAUUACAUUGUUUGCAGUGAUUACUUUAAUUCUGGACUCUUUUAAAAUUGGAUAUUAUGUUGAUUUCUCAAACUGUCUCUCAGCAGCCGAAGGAAUUUUUCCUGUUACGCAUGCAAUACACACUAUCUUACAGGUGUACUUUCUUUGGUGUCAUGCAAAGGAUAUUAUCCAGUCCUUCAAAACACUUGAAAGGUUUGGAGUUAUCCAUUCUGUGUUCACAAAUUUACUCCUGUGGACAAAUGGAGUGUUAACAGAGUCAAAACACCAGCUUAAUGAACAUAAAGAAAGACUAAUCACGCUUGGUUUUGGGAACAUAACAAUAGUUUUAGAUGAUCAUGCACCUCAAUGUAAUUGCACAACAACAACUCUCUGUUCAAUAUUUUCUCAAGGAAUCUAUUACCUGUAUCCCUUUAAUAUAGAGUAUCACAUUCUAGCAUCCACAAUGCUCUAUGUCCUGUGGAAGAAUAUUGGACGCAAAGUAGAACACCAUCAACAACAUAAAACCCCAUUCAAAUUCCAUGGCAUAACUGUUGGAAUGAUUUUUGGACUAAUUGUGUUAAUUAGCACAAUAGCAAAAGUUGUUGUGUAUUUAAUUCAGAUUGGACGCUCAAAAAACAAAAGUGAGUUAGCGCUUACCAUGUUUUACUUGCAUGCUAUCUCUGUAUUAGCUCUCAUGUGUACAGCUGGGAUUGUUGCCCUUCUAAUUUACAGACUGGAAGAUAGAUCUUUGGAUAAUUCCAAAAAUCCUGCUAGAAAACUUGACGCAGAACUGCUGGUUGGCACAGCUGCAGGAUCCUGGCUCCUCUCCUGGGGUUCGAUCCUAGCGAUUAUCUGUGCCCAAGCUCAUCCAAAAUAUACCUGGUAUAAUCUGCCUUAUUCCAUCCUGGUGAUUGUUGAGAAAUACAUUCAGAACCUCUUUAUCAUUGAAUCCAUACAUCGCAAAGAGGAGAAGGUGAAUGAUGAUAUUAAAACUCUUCGAAUCGUGACGAUAUCCAGGGGAAGCACUUUGUCACUCACCCCCUCGUACAAGGAGAUCUACAAUGGAAGAGCUGCCGGUGACGAAGGAGAGCUGCCCUACCUGCUUAAUGGCAGUAUCUGUGCAAGAGAAAAUGAUGGUGCCAAAGAAGAAGCAAGUCAGGCUAAUUGUCCAGCCAUGCAUUCAGCCUCUGAAUUGUCCUUUUAUAGCAGAAAUUCAGUUGCUAACCAUAAGAGAAGGAUUCUGAAGAAUAUUGCGGUAUUUUUAUUCUUAUGCAAUCUUUCGCUUUGGAUACCCCCGGCAUUUGGUUGCCGCCCAGAAUAUGACAAUGGACUAGAAGAAAUAGUUUUUGGCUUUGAACCUUGGAUAAUUGUUGUGAACCUUGCAAUGCCUUUUUCCAUUUUCUAUCGAAUGCAUUCAGCUGCCUCACUCUUUGAAGUCAAUUGUAAAACAUAG